UGCGUGUAUAUAUAUGCAUCCUGCCCCCACCCCCUUUUACCUCCUCACUCAUCUGCCUGGACGACCCCGGCCGGAAUCGAUCGAUCGGUGCUUUUAUCCAGCCCUUAGCAAGCGAGCUCACGCACCAACCACCGCCGCUAGCUGCCGGCCGGAGAGGAAGAGGAAAAGGAAAGGAGGCGGUGGCAUGGGGAGGCCGCCGUGUUGCGACAAGGUGGGAGUGAAGAAGGGGCCGUGGACGCCCGAGGAGGACCUCAUGCUCGUCUCCUACGUCCAGGAGCACGGCCCCGGAAACUGGCGGGCCGUGCCGACCAACACCGGGCUGAUGCGUUGCAGCAAGAGCUGCAGGCUGCGGUGGACCAACUACCUCCGGCCGGGGAUCAAGCGCGGCAACUUCACCGACCAGGAGGAGAAGCUCAUCAUCCACCUCCAGGCCCUCCUCGGCAACAGGUGGGCGGCGAUAGCGUCUUACUUGCCGGAGAGGACGGACAACGACAUCAAGAACUACUGGAACACGCACCUCAAGAAGAAGCUCAAGAAGAUGCAGGCCGGCGAAGGGGGCGGGGGAGACGACGGCGCUGCUGGUGCCUCGGGCUCGGAUGGCGGCGGCGCCGGCGGUAAGACCGGGGCCGGGGCCGGGAAGCGUCCAGCCGUCCCCAAGGGGCAGUGGGAGAGGCGGCUGCAGACCGACAUCCACACAGCGCGGCAGGCGCUGCGCGACGCGCUCUCGCUGGAGCCCUCGGCAACGCCGGCUAAGGUGGCGCCUCCACCGACGCCUCCGGGGUCCACGACAUACGCGUCCAGCGCUGAGAACAUCGCGCGGCUGCUGGAGGGGUGGCUGCGCCCGGGCGGCGGCAGCGGGGGCAAGGGGCCGGAGGCGUCGGGGUCGACGUCCACGACGGCGACGACGCAGCAGCGGCCGCAGUGCUCCGGCGAGGGCGCGGCGUCCGCGUCGGCGAGCCACAGCGGCGGUGCCGCCGGGAACACGGCCGUGCAGACCCCCGAGUACUCGACGGAGACAAGCAAGAUGGCAGGCAGCGCGGCCGGCGCCGGCUCCGCGCCGGCGUUCUCGAUGCUGGAGAGCUGGCUGCUCGACGACGGCAUGGGGCACGGCGAGGUGGGGCUCAUGACCGACGUGGUGCCACUAGGGGACCCCAGUGAGUUCUUUUAAUCAAGGCCCAUGUACAAGUACAACCAAAAGCAAGUUAAUCGAGUAGCUAGUAAUUAAGAUGCAAGAACAGAAGAAAGUAAUCGCCGGGUUAGGUUACUAGUUAAGCAGACAUUAAACAAACUAAAUGUCUUUGAAUUCUCGGCGAUUUGGAUCGAGUUGGGUGUCGAUCUAGUCUGUUUAAUCCCUUUUUUUCUAAUUUUUUCGCUGGUGUUUCUCUGAUGUUAGGGUUUGGAACUGAUCAUGUAAGCUUAUACUAA